ACGACACGAUGUAGCUCCACGUGCAGCAUCGAUGUUUACGAAUCAUUUUUCAUUGUUGUGAUUAGAAUAAAAAUGGCAGCCCACACUAACCAAGGUGACGUUCCAGAUAAUGCACCGGAACAUUGUCCGGGGGUGAAAAGUGAAGAGGCUGGCAAAGUCUCUGCAUGUGAAGGAUGUCCCAACCAGAAUGUGUGUGCAAGUGGUCUUCCAAAGUCACCAGACCCAGCUGUUGAGGAGGUCAAAGAACGCAUGUCAUCAGUGAAACACAAGAUCUUGGUAUUAUCAGGUAAAGGUGGGGUUGGUAAGAGUACUUUUACAGCCCACCUGGCCCACGGUAUGUCAAGCAAGGAACACACGCAGGUUGGUAUUCUUGAUGUUGACAUCUGUGGUCCAUCUAUUCCCCGCAUCAUGGGAGUUGAAGGGGAACAAGUCCACCAGAGUGGCUCUGGCUGGUCCCCUAUUUAUGUUGAAGAUAAUCUUGGAGUAAUGUCUGUUGGUUUUCUGUUGAGUAAUCCUGAUGAUGCUGUAAUAUGGAGAGGACCAAAGAAAAAUGGCCUCAUCAAGCAGUUCCUUCGUGACGUAGACUGGGGUGACUUAGACUUUCUUGUAGUGGACACCCCGCCUGGCACUUCAGAUGAACAUCUAUCCAUUGUGCAGUACCUUAGUGGAGCUGGCGUUGAUGGCGCUGUUUUGAUUACAACUCCUCAGGAAGUGUCGCUGAUGGAUGUUCGUAAAGAAGUCAAUUUCUGCCGCAAAGUCAACUUACCAAUCAUUGGUGUUGUUGAAAACAUGAGUGGAUUCAUCUGCCCAAAAUGCAAAAAUCAAUCUGAAAUCUUUCCACCAACAACUGGUGGAGGUGAGAAGAUGGCCGACGACAUGAAGAUUCCAUUUCUUGGGAAGCUGCCAUUGGAUCCCCGAAUUGGUCAGUGUUGUGAUGAAGGAAAGUCAUUCCUAACAGAAGUGCCAGACUCUCCAGCUACCGAGGCCUACAGACAGAUUAUACAGAAAAUUGAAAACUUUUGCAGAGGAAAAGAGGAGGAACCCAUGCAAACAUGACACCCAAACUGCUGACAUUUUAAAGUUUCUAUUUUAUUCAAUAACUUUAAUUGUGGCUGCUGGCUCUCUGGUGUUUGGUGUGGUCUGGAGGCGGUAUUCACAAUACCAUCUGUGCCUGCAUACUUUACUCAAGAUUGAGGUCCAGUGCAGUAUCCAAACAUACAGUAUAGUGGCUCUCCCAUAUCCCCUUAUAUUAAAGUAAACAUACUCAAUUUGUAAAAUAAAGAAACAAAGGGGAAGACAUGACAACUUGUGUGAAACGAGUAGAAAGAGGCACAAAUUAUCAGGUCUAUGUUGAUAGUCGCUCAUCACUUUGGCAAAUUCUUUUAAGAGGAUAAUGCAUAAUUAUAAUAUACAGUGAAUGGAUGAAUAUACUGGCACCGAGUCCUACAUUUCAGUUGGUAGGGCAUGCUUACUGUCUGUCUAUGCUUUACAUCAUAGUACCAAUUAAUAUCAGCCUUUUUCUAUUACAUACUGUAUAAUAUUCAGUGAGUUUGGAGAAGGCACUUUUAAAGAGAGGAAGUGGAGUUACAUGAAAAUAUCCAGUAAACAGUGGUGUAUCUAGGGGGUGGCACCUUAUUUUGCUAGCUAGCACCACCUCCCCCAUUUGCACCUCCAUAUGUCACUACCUGCAAAGGUAAAUAAUAGAUUAUGCUGGGCGGAGAAAGGUAAUUUCUAGUGAUGCAGAAAUAAUAUAUUGUCACACCUUAGUUAUUAAAUUGAAAGAUAUGUAUUUUAUUAUGUAGUUUAUGUAGUUAUGUUGUACAUUUGUGUUCUUGAACAUUAAUUCAAUAGUUAGCAAUAUGCCUAUCCAUUAUCCCACCUUUCCACAAAGAAAAUAAAAUGCAUAUGAAUGUUAAGUUAUCAGAUACUUUAAUGGUAUAAUGUAUUAUACAUUGUAUUUACAUCAUAUUCAACCAAUGUGAAAAAUAAUUAGCAGAUAAAAAUUAAGAAAUAUUGUCUUUUACUAACAAUUACUUGCAAUUACAUCACAUUCCCUAUCAAAUGUACUGGAUGCAUCCAAUGGAACCCAUAAUGCACCCAUAUCGUAAAUUUAAACACAAAUUUGACAUGAAGAGGUACUGUAAAACCUUAAAUAGAAGCCCCAUGGGCUUAAUCUUGAGAAGCCCAUCUCAAAAAGUAGCCCCACUCUUCAGUUUGCAAAAGUAAUCUUGAAAAGAAGCCCAUGGUCUUUAAAUUCAGACUGACGUUAUA